UUUACGAAAGCAUCCAUGUGCCCGUACGUGGCACUAUGAGCUAAGCUUGAUGUAAUUUAACUUUUCAAGUGAGGUCUAAAACGUCAAUUGGAUAUUUAAGAAGAAAAAGAAAAGAAAUGACUUCCCAGUUCCCAGUCCCACAGAAUCAGAGUAAUUCAUUUCCAAGCGAUAAGUUUUAGGGUUUUGAGUUCUAUUCUCUUGACAAUGGCUGCGAUUUACAGUCUUUACAUAAUCAACAAAUCAGGAGGUUUGAUAUUUUAUAAGGAUUAUGGAUCCAAGGGGCGCAUGGAUACGAAUGAUAGCUUGAGAGUGGCUAGUCUAUGGCAUUCGAUGCACGCUAUCUCACAGCAGCUAUCGCCUACCACUGGUUGUUCUGGAAUUGAGCUACUUGAAGCUGAUACAUUUGAUCUCCAUUGUUUUCAAUCUCUUACCGGGACAAAGUUCUUUGUAGUUUGCGAACCUGGGACACAGCACAUGGAGGCUCUCUUGAAAGUUGUUUAUGAGCUCUACACAGAUUAUGUUUUGAAGAACCCCUUCUAUGAGAUGGAGAUGCCUAUACGAUGCGAACUCUUUGACAUCAACCUGACACAGGCAGUACAGAAGGAUCGUGUUGCGCUUUUGGGGCGAUAAGCUGUCCUGGAACCUUUAUCUUACCAAAAUGUCACCAUCUCUUAUCUUCAUCCGUACACUUUUGAUGGAAGAUUGCUAUCAAGUUUGUAUCAACCUGUGUAUUGGGAUAUCAUCAAGCUCCUUUGUUUAGCUCAUAAGUGCUGAAUCAUUUACAACAUAUGAUGAUUUCUGGAGUUGUUUUUCCCAAUUAACAUUUAUAAAAUUAAUGAAAAAAUCCUUUUAGAGGCAUGCUCCCCAA